AGAAUUCUGAGGAGAAGAAUGGGUCAGCGUUUGGGUCUAAUGAAAGUUCAUGUGAAACUAGAGUUCUGGGGAGAAGCUGAAACUCUUCAAUGGCGGCUUCAACCACAGCUUGUCUGACAAAUGUAGAACAUGGCUUUAGUUCCAAGCCCCGAUUUGGCCGCUUAUUUCCCUCUAAAAGCGCCCCGCGUUUCUUGGCCAUGGCUCCUAAAAAGAAGGUGAACAAGUAUGAUGAUGCUUGGAAAAAACAAUGGUACGGAGCGGGACUAUUCUACGAGGGCGGAGAACAAGUGGAAGUUGAUGUGUUCAAAAAACUGGAGAAGCGAAAAGUUUUGAGCACUGUGGAGAAAGCUGGGCUUCUAUCAAAGGCCGAAGAGCUAGGCUUUACGCUGUCCUCCAUAGAGAAGUUAGGUGUAUUUUCGAAGGCCGAAGAACUUGGUCUGCUUAGUUUGCUGGAGAAGGCCGCGAGUUUCUCUCCUUCUGCUUUGGCGUCGGCAGCGCUUCCUAUUUUAGUGGCGGCUAUACUAGCAAUCGUGUUGAUACCCGAUGAUUCUGCGGGUCUUGUGGCGGUCCAGGCCGUUUUGGCUGGAGCACUCGGGUUGGGAGCUGUCGGGUUGUUAGUUGGAUCAGUGGUUUUGGAUGGGUUGCAGGAGGCUGAUUGACCACCGUGUAUAUCCAACCUCACCUGAAAACUACCCAAAAAAGGGAAAAGAAAGGAACCAAUUCCUGGAAAACGGCAAAUAAAGGGGAUAUUUUUAUGCUUCUUACUUUUUAGGUGUCACUGUGAGAUUCAUAUUGUCUGUCAAUUUAUUUGGAAUUUUGGUGUAAGUUAUUGUUGUUGUAAGUUCUAGCUGUUACAUGCCUUAGUUGACAUUAGAUUUGUGUUGAAAGUUGAAGCUAAACCAAUUCUUAAGGUUACGCUCUUGAAUAAUUUUUGUAG